AUGGCGCCCCCAUCGGACAUUUUAGGUGAAACGCCAGGCGGCGAUCCGAUUCGAGCACGAACUGGCGAGAUGCUGGAUCGGGGAAUUCGUGGUGGUGAUUGGGCGAUCUGGGGAAUGACGGGGGCGACGCUGGAAAUUACACGAUCCGCUCAGACUAAAAGAACGCUCGGGGUUGCGGAUGGUCCAGGAGCAGAGAGGGACCACCACUGUCAGCUGGUGGCUAAUGCUGGUUCUCGCAGGUACUAUGAUCUCGUAAGGUGUAAAUCCGGGGUUAAUGUAGUCGAGAAAGCAAUGAAGCGACAGUCAAUGAUCAUGGGGUCGGAGGUAGAAGUACCGGGUGGUGACCUCCAGCCUCGUCCCGGGGUGUCUGUUGAUCGGUAUUUGGCUACAGAGGCAAACAAAGAAAUGAGUACAACACAAUUUAUCGGUUGCCUAAGGUGUUACAAGAGACAACAUUCAGCUGGAUCUCUGGUUCAGGUGAAGGCAUUCCCGACCGGAUUUCUGCCCGAAGAGGGGGUCCAAAAGGGUUCCUGGCGGCGUGCCCUGAGCGAACCCAAAAAGGGACUAUUUCACUACAAUAAUCCCUCUAACAAGGGAAUGCAACAGACUGAUGGUCCACAUGCAUUGACUGUCAGUCUAUGGGGAAACAAAGUUUGA